UGAUACAUCUUUCCAGUUGUUGUUUGUUUAAACCUAUUUACCAUCCAUAUUGCAUUAGAUUUCUAUUCAAAUUCUGAACAAUCAAGCAAAUUAUGAAGGAGGCCUCUUGGAUUGUGGCAGAUUAAAUAACCUGGACAAAAUGAUUAAUCUGUAUUUCAUAUUCUGGGCCAAUGUACAUAGAAGUACUCUUUCCCAUCCUGUAUUAGUAGAUGAGGUUUAAUGAUUCAAGAAAGAAACAUUGCAGUGUUCGUACAAAAAAAUAUUUUUUAAUCUGUCUUUGUAGCAGAUCAAAACAUGUGGAAAUGAUAAUUGUGGAUGAUGUCAUUGUUGCUGUAACUGACCUCCGUCGUGUUUUUCGGAUAUUCUAUAUCGGAUAUAAAAAUGCAAAGGGACAUUUCUUUAUAUUGAGCAUCAUUUAGUAGAAGUUAAGCAGUGGUUUUAAAAACACCUUGAAUUCCAUUUGGUUUUAAGCUUUCGCCUUAAUUUAUAUAGAAACAUACUUAUGUGAAAAUAUUGCCGUAAUACUCCGGUACUCCAACGUCGGGACGAACAAAUGCUUACAGCAACUACUGGAUACAUAAAAAAGCAGGGAAAAACAGGUCAUCCUAGCUUUAAAAUCAAACUGACGGUUUAAAAUUGAAAGAUGUCCUGUACGUUUAGCCUAUUCAGGUUAUCCCGAAUUAUCAGAAUAUAUGAUUACACUGCGAGUAGACUGAUCGAGUUGAUUCAAUCAACAUUAAGAAAUACGGGACCUCCAACGGACCUCCAACGCAGCAGUCUCCUUCGAGGAGUAAAUGAUUCUCGAUGCCAGUAGAGGGAGCACAGAGAUCAAGUGUCAUCCCUGGGUGUUGUUACAUGGUACUCAGACGCUCACUAAACACACCCGCGGAGAGAACUAGACUUGUCCUGCUUCAAGUUAUGUCGUUUAUGAAAUUCACGAAUCGGUCAGCCUGCUGGAAACGUGUGGAAAAUGUAAUGGCUUUUCACAUUAAAAAAAAAAUAAUACAAACAUUACUGUGAAGAGCUAUCUUCUCUCCGGUUUGCGGUAACUUACUACUGUACAAUUACCUAUCGUCUCGACGGAUCUGGAGAACAGCAUCUAUUUCCUGGGACUCGACUCCAGUGACUACUGAUUGGGCACCUUGAACAGGUGCUGUGAAGAGGGUCAUGAGGUGUGCAGGGGUGCCAGGACUUAUCAGUCGGAAUGCCUCAGGCCCUGCCAGCUUCCGCUCCUGUAUUCCUGCUGCUGUUCUGCGGUUACGCUCUGGCCCAAAUCCGUUACUGGCCCUCCGCAGUAUAUGUGGCUUUAAGCAACGGGACAGUGUUUGUGGAUUUCCACUGUGACAGGAAUGUGACCGAUGGCAGCAUGACCAUUUCCUUGGUGGAUACAGAGGCUAAUACCACAGUGGCCAGCAGACCUGUACCUGGAAACCAGUCAGAAGGCACAGUGGAGUUUAACUGCACCUGCUUCCCCUACGCAGGCAGAUUCCGGUUCUGGCUGCAGCUGGGUGGGCAGAAAGGGUGCCUCAAUGAUACCCAGUGGUGGAGUGAGGUACUGCACGUCCAGUGGCCCCCUUUCCACAUCGGCGUGCAGAGAACGAGCAACAGGAGCUCGAGCUCUUUUCAGAUCGGGAUUUCCACCAACUUUGAGCCCUGCCGUUUGAACUUGUCCCCUGUUUACUUGGAGGUCAGCUACUUUGAGCACAACACGAUAGGGAAGGUAAGCAUUGAUAAAGUGAAGGCACAGGUCAGGAGGGACGUGGCUGUUGUGAAAUCACAGUGGGUGGAUUUGGGCUGUGUCUUCCCUUUUACCGAACGGGAUUUCAUCAAGGUGGCCCUGAAAUCCCGCCAUGCAGACUGGGACAUAAAGUCCUCAGGGCCGCUGUACCUCUCUCAGAUAUUUACAUACAAGCUGCUCAUUGACAAUGUGUACAAGCUGGGCUGCGAGCGAACAGUGACAGUGCGCUUAUUGCCCCCACCCUGUGCCUUCGCCCAAGGAAAGGUGGUCCUGUACCGGGAAGGAGUCACGGGCUCAGGAGAGGACAGCCCUCCUGUGGCGUCUAAAUGGCUUUCCCAUGGAGAGAAUGAAACUGAAUUCAACUGCUCCCUGUUUGAACCGGGCAAAAACAAGUACUGCUUUAAGUUCAUUUUAAACUUUAGCCGCUUGCCUAGCCAUGCCCAGAGCUGCAUCGUCGUACAGAGGAACACAGAGUCAUGGGGCCGGUGGCAAACCUGGAGCCCCUGCAGUGUGAACUGUGGUGAAGGGGUGAGGCAGCGGUACCGGGAGUGCCUGGUGCCUUCUACUGGGAUGGCCCACUGCACCGGCCUGCAGAAAGAGCUCUCCCCCUGCUCCCUGGAGGACUGCACAGUGGUUGCAGUUUCACCUUCCCUCGCUCCUGUUCACCCUGAGAGCAAAAAGAUGGGCAACAUGGUAGCUGUGGCAGGCAUCUCCAUCUGUCUUGUAGUGAUUGUGGCCACUGUCCUCAUCACGCUGUGGAGGAAGCUCUGCCGGACUCCAAAGUGCAACUCCGUCCGCCGCCACAGCUCCUUGCACUCCCCGGGAUUCAGGAAGAACUCGGACGAGGUCAACAUCUACUGCCAGAGCCAGCAACGGCACAGUUUCUCUGAGAGCCUGGAGGCCCUGCCAGAGCAGGCUGAGGAAGUUUUCGACAAGCUGACCGUAGGCCGCAGGCACAGCCACCCUCUCUCAGCUGAACUGAGCAACCCCACUUCUGGGGAGAGUCUGUCACCCAACGUGCAGAAGAUCAUCCCUCCUAUCUUUGGCUACCGGCUUGCCCAGCAGCAGCUUAAGGAGAUGAAGAAGAAAGGCUUGAAGGAGGCCACCAAGGUCUACCAUGUGUCCCAGAAUCCCCUGAAUGACACUGUCCUGGAUGCCACCUCUGUAAUUAUGCCAGAGCAGCCAGAAAGCCAGGAGGAAGCAGCAUUAAGCCGUUUCCGCAUCAAGGCACCUUUCUUAGAACCCAAGAGCUCUGUUUCUCCAGAGAGGCCGAGUCCCAAAGUGGACUUUGUGCUCUCACAGCUCAGUGAGCUUCCUCUCUCCUCUCAGCCCAGUGUGCAUCAGCGUACUGAAGAAUGGGUGGAGAUGGUGGAAAGAGGCUACAUGAGGAAUCCACAUUUCAAGAGAACAGCCAGUUUCCAUGAAACCAAACACCCCCGACCAUUCCGAGAAAGGAGCCUGUCUUCCUGUACUACAAGGCAGCUGGCAUUCUCUGGCUCCAGGUUGAGAGGUUUCGACCAGCAUCAAGAAAAGGAGGACAGACGCCCCAAAUCUAGGAUGGGGGAUGGGGAGGAGGAGAGGCACCGAUUUUGGAAUGAGAGGUUGUCAGCAAACAGGCCAGACCUCCUCGGUGAUCGCAGACUGGGGACCUGGAGUACUGGACUGGACAAAACAGUGCAAAGUAGGGCCAGAAGAGGUCCUUCGCCAAUUCAGAGAAACAUGAUGGCCAGGAAGCUGAAGCAAGCCAAUUCAUCGGCCACCUACAGCCACCAGAGGAACACCAGCCUCAGCCCCUCUCAGUACAGGAGGGACAAAUGCAAGAGUCUUCCACUCGACUCUGAGUACGGACUCUACCCCAGCUCCCCCUACGGCCUCACCGAGUCUGAACAACGCAUGAUGGAUCUGUCGGGGUUCUUUGGGGAAGAGGAUGAGAACAGAGAUUUUGAGUGCUGAGAUGCUGUGAUGAUUACCUGCACAUCAUACUCUCAGGGUCGCUGAAAUGUAGUUCAUGUUUUGUCAGAGCACUGACUGAAAAAGUAAUGAAGCCACUUGUGGUCAACCUAGAGUAUUAGGAACAUCCCAGUGUGAAUACGGCAAGCGGUGAACACAAGUUGCAAAGCCAGUUCAAUGGCCAAUACAGUUAAUUAUCACUACUCUCUAUUGACUGGAGGUCUAGGUCAUCAGUUAUUUACAUAUGUAUAUUUUCUGUUAAUUUAUGAACAUAUUUGUGAAAGUGGACAAUGAAAGUGUCUGUCUGCCACUGAGAUUCUAGUAUCUAUGCUGACAGUAUCUUUCCAGGGCCAAAGAAUGUAUGUUAUCUUGAACCUUCUUAAAGGAAUGAAAUAAUUUUUAAAAAUUGUUUUAAAUACCAUUUCAUUAAGUUCAUGUUUUCUUGUCAGACCUAAGGUUCUUAUUUAGAUCAUCAUCUCCGUCCAUGUAUUUGACAUCAGACAUGGCUUUAUACUGCAACUGAGUUAAUUACCAAUAACAGAUAACAGAUUUAAUUACCAAAUCUUAACAACUUAUGUUUUGCAAAAUGUAAGGCUUUAUGUUGUCUCCUUACGCUGCCUGAAUAUGUUCACUGCUGAAUCAAUAAAAAUGUUUAGGUCUUUUUCAUAGAUAGCCUAUUCAAGUUCUGUUCCGCUCA